AUGGUUUACUUCUCCGUGGCUUUUGGCCUCACUGCUGUUGCAGGACUUGCAUUGGCUUUUCCUGGACAUCCGAUGGACAAGCGUCAGGCAAUCACGUCCUCCCAGACCGGUACAAACAACGGUUACUAUUACUCAUUCUGGACCAACGGCGUGGGAACUGUUGAUUACACCAAUGGCAAUGGUGGAGAGUAUAGCGUUACCUGGGACAAUUCAGGCAGCGGCGGCGGCGAUUUCACUUGUGGAAAGGGCUGGAACCCUGGAAGUGCACAGGAUAUAACGUACUCUGCUACGUUUACUCCAAGCGGAAACGCCUAUCUAGCGGUCUAUGGUUGGACUGAAAGCCCGUUAGUCGAAUAUUAUAUUCUCGAGAACUAUGGCGACUACAAUCCUGGUUCAAGUAUGACGCAUAUGGGGACAGUCACUAGUGAUGGGUCUACUUAUGACAUUUACCAACAUACCCAAACCAACCAGCCUUCCAUCGAGGGCACUGCUACCUUUCAGCAAUUUUGGUCAAUUCGUCAGAACACCCGUUCCAGCGGAACUGUGACUACUUCCAACCAUUUUAAUGCUUGGUCCGCAUUAGGAAUGAAUAUCGGCUCUUUUAAUUACCAGAUUGUCUCAACCGAGGGCUAUGAGAGUAGUGGCUCGUCAACUGUUACUAUUUCUUAA